AUGAACGCAGUGAGGUUUGUGCUCUUGGGGCUCUCCCUGAGGCUCGGGGCCACCACUGCUAAGCCAGAGGAGGCCAGUUUUUGCUCUAAGAACCAGGCAGCCUUCAGGGAUGCUUGCUAUGAAUUUGUGCCACUUGGACACACCUUUCACGAUGCCCAGAGCUGGUGUGAGGGACAGGGCGGCCAUUUGGCCUUCAUUCGCGAUGAAGCCACCCAGCAGUUUCUGCAGAAGCACAUCUCCCAGGAGAGGGAAUGGUGGAUCGGACUCACAGGGAGCUCGGGACAGAACGAAACCUCGGGAGGCCCAGGAACCUGGUUGGACACCUCAAAUGUGAGUUACAGCAACUGGCGCAAAGGGCAGGUGGCCCCUGGCCCCAAAACCUGCGGCUACAUCGGGAGAGGUUCGGAUUCCCAGUGGGCCACCUCGGGGAACUGCACGCAGGCCUUCGCCUUCAUCUGCGAGUUCGGGGUCGGCUGGAGCCUGGCCUGCAGGGGCCUCAACGCCACCCUGCACUGUGGCUCAGGGUAUGUUAUCCAGCUCCAGGAUGCCAUCUACGGCCGCCAGACACCCCACUACUGUGUCCAGGGCACGGGGCAGCCCUCGCACUUGGAGGAGGAAUGCAUCUGGGUCAACGUUAAGGACGAAGUGGCAGGCCAGUGCCAGGGGCUGCAAGCGUGCCAGGUGGCAGCAGACGGGAGCUACUUCAGAGACAAGUGCCCAACUCAAGGCAGCUACCUGUGGGUGCAGUACCAGUGCCAGGAAGGCCUGCAGCUGGCAGUGUCCAGGGACAACGUCAUCUUUGACAACGUCACCAUCUCCCUGACGUGGCUCCUCACGCCCUAUGUGGGAAACCUGUCCUGCGUCAUCAGUACGGGUGACGGCCACACUUUGGAUCCCUACGACCCCCCCAGUGUGUCCAGCAGUGUGACCCACCAGUUCACGUCACCUGGGGAAUUCAUCGUGUUUGCCGAGUGCACAACCAGUGAGUGGCACGUGACGGCUGAGCAGCAGGUGGUCAUCCGGGAGCAGGUGGAGCGGCUCAGAGUCAUCGGGUGCUCUGGCCUGUCUGUGCCAGGCGCCACCCCACUCUGCCAGGCUGCCUUCGGGGACCCUCUGUGGAUCCAGGUAGAGCUCGAGGGAGGCACAGAGGUGACCUUCCGCAUACUCCUGGGUAAUGAGGCACUGGCCGAAUCCAGUGUCCCGAGCGGCUCAUUGCUCUGCAACCUGACCCUGGAGCGGGACGCCCAGGCCCAGCUGGGCCCUGGCGAGCACCACCUGGAGAUUCAAGCCUGCAGCAAUGCCACUGCCUCCAUAUCCCCUAGAAACUUAACCGUCCGUCUCCUGGAGCUGCUGUCGGGGCUGCAGGCCUCCUGGCAGUCCGACCACCUACAGCUCGGGCAGGACCUGGUGAUCAAUGUCUCCGUGGCCCACGGCACCCCUGAGGAGCUGAUCUUCAAGGUGGCUGGCCCCAGUGCAACCUUCUCUCACAGGGAAGAGAGCUGUAGGGAGCUGUUUGGCACUUACCGUGUUGCGGUUCCUGCUGCAGGCACCUUCCUGGUCACUGUGCUGGUGAGGAAUGCCCUCUCGAACUUGAGUUUGGAAGUUGGGAACAUCACAGUCACAGUUGCGUCCAAUCUCCAAGAACCAUUUGGAAGGAAUAUUGAAGAAGAGAGCAAAGGCAAGGAGGGUAUGGAGGUGUCUGUCGACCCCAGUGAAUACGUGGAUCCUUUUACCAUCGUGACCAUGGGCUGGCCAGACCAUGACGAGGAUUUACACUUCCAGUGGUCAUGCGGGCGCUGCUGGGCCCAGUGGAACGACUGUGUGGAGAGGCACCUGCUCAGGACCGACCAGAGAGAGCUGGUGGUCCCGCCUUCCUGCCUGCCCCCGCCCAGCUCAGCUGUCACCUUGCGCCUGGCCAUCACGAAGGGACAGGAACUGGACCACGAGGUGGAGCAGUGCCUCUAUGUGUCUGCUGCCAGGGAGCUUAAGCCUCGGAUCAGCUGUGAGCACAACUGUGGACCAGUGAACGCCCAUGACAGCGUCCUGCUCUGGGUCACAGUGGGAAACGCCUCCUCAGCGGCCACGUUCAGCUGGUAUUUGGAUCACACCUCGUCAGAGAAGGCCGAACCCCUGCCGGCAGCCUGCAGACUCCAAGGAUUUUGGCCGAGGUCCUUAACCCUCCUUCAGAGCAACGCCUCCACGCUGCUGCUCAACAGCUCCAUGCUGCACGCCUGGGGGGAGGUGAUCCGGAUCCGAGCCACAGCUCUGACCAGCAGCGCCUAUGGGGAGGACACCUACGUGAUCAGCACCCUGCCUGCCCCUCGGGUCACGGCCUGUGCCAUUGUCCCGGAGGAGGGCACCAUUCUGACAAGCUUCGCCAUCCUGUGCAACACCUCCUCCACCCGGGGCCGUCUGGAGCACUGCUUCUGCCUGGAAUCAGGUUCCUGCCUCCACUGUGGCCCUGACCCUGCCCUCCCAUCAGUGUAUCUACCACCUGGAAAAGAAGACAAUGACUUCAUGCUGACAGUGGUCAUUUCUGUCACCAACCAGGCAGGGGACAGAUGGCAGACACAGGCUACAGUUAAGGUGCAUAUCCAAGACACACCUGCUGAAGACAUGGCUUUCCCAGCUGCCAUGUUGGAGAGACUCACCACCAACCUUCAAAAUGAGGACAGCCCUGAGCAGCUUCUGCAGCUGGCCAAGUCCGUAUCUUCUGCACUGAACCAAGAGGGCCAGGGUGCUGGGCAGCUGCUGAGACGGGAUGCCAGACAGAAGGUCAGAGAGCAUGUGCUAAGGUCACUGUCUACAGUCAUGGCCAGGCUGGAGGACAUGCAGAGGGUGCAGAGCCUGGCUGAGGCACUGAGAGAGGUGACCCACCGCAGCGAGGAGCUCACACCUGCCGCCCAGCGGGUGGCCAGCUGGGCCCUGCUGCAGGCCAGUGAGGCCCUGUUGAUGAUGAGUGCCAAGACCCACCCCGAGGACCAGAGGCGCCAGUCAGCCAGCCAGAACCUCUUGCAAGCAGCGGGCAACGUGCUGGAAGCUUCUCUGAGCAACAGCUCUGAACAGCCUGCAGGGUUCAGCGGUAGCCAGAUGGCCCCAGUGGCCCAGUUGCUCCGAGUUGUGGACCAAGUGCAGACUGCCCUCCUGCUUGGGAUGCUGCCUGGGGGCCUUCCUGCCAUGCUGGAAACCCCCUCCAUCUCCAUAUACACAAACAGAAUACAGCCACAGACUUGGCGAGGAUGUUCUGUGCACAUCGCUGCUGCUGGCUCAGCGACCUUCACUCUGCCUGCCGCCUCCCUUGGCUCAUCAGAGGACAGCCGGGAGCCUGUGGACAUCAGGAUGGCAAGCUUCCCCACAAGCCCUUUCCCAGCCAGGGGCAGCUUUGACGUCACUGGGACCGUCGCUGGCCUCCGUCUGACCCACCCUGGUGGACAGCUUAUCCCUGUGAAGAACCUGUCGGAACACAUUGAGAUCCUGCUGCCCCAGCAUCCCCAAGAACACCGUGAGCUGACUGAGUUGAGCCUGACUGUUCCAGGAGCUCUGCAAGUGAACGUGACCUCAGGGCAGGCGGCCUUGGGCAUCCAGCUGCACUGGCGUCCCGGCAUCCCACUUAUACUCAGCCUUGGCUCUGGCUUCCACCCCAACAUCACAAACUACGAUGCUCAAAUCCGCCUCCCGCCGGCGGCUGCUCCGGAAGAGCAGUUCACGUGGCUCCUGGCCCCUGAGGACCUGCGCUUCGGAGAAGGUGUCUACUACCUGACCGUGACCCCCGAGUCUGACCUGGGGCUGACCCCCCACAGGAACCUCACCGUCGGCAUCACCACCUUCGUGUCCCACUGUGUGUUCUGGGAUGAAGUGCAGGAAAUUUGGGACAACUCUGGGUGCCAGGUGGGGCCUCAGACCACGCCCUCCCAGACGCACUGCCUCUGCAACCACCUCACCUUCUUUGGAAGCUCAUUCCUGGUGCUGCCCAACACUGUAGACGUCAGCCAGACGGCUGAGUUCUUUGCCACCUUCGAGGACAACCCUGUGGUGGUGACCACUGUGGGCUGCCUAUGUGUGAUUUACGUGUUGGUGGUGAUCUGGGCCAGGAGGAAGGAUGUGCAGGACCAAAACAAGGUGAAGCUCACGGUGCUGGAGGAUAACGAUCCCUUUGCCCAGUACCACUACCUGGUGACAGUCUACACGGGACAUCGGCGAGGGGCAGCCACCUCCUCAAAGGUGACUAUCACCCUGUACGGGUCAGAUGGCGAGAGUGAACCCCACCACCUGUCAGACCGCAGCAGCCCAGUUUUCCAGCGAGGAGGAGUGGAUGUCUUCCUGCUCUCCACCCUGUUCCCCCUUGGGGAGCUGCGGAGCCUCCGGCUGUGGCAUGACAACUCCGGUGACCGGCCAUCCUGGUACGUGAGCCGCGUGCUGGUCUACGAGCCGGCGGUGGACCGCAGGUGGCAUUUUCUCUGCAACUCGUGGCUGUCAGUCGAUGUCGCAGACUGUGUCCUCGACAAGGUGUUUCCAGUGGCCACAGAGCAGGACAGGAAACAAUUCAGCCACCUGUUUUUCAUGAAGACCUCUGCAGGCUUCCAGGAGGGACACCUCUGGUACUCCAUCUUCAGCUGCUCGGCCCGGAGCCACUUCACCCGCGUGCAGCGCGUGUCCUGCUGCUUCUCCCUGCUGCUGUGCACCAUGCUCACCAGCAUCAUGUUCUGGGGCGUCCCCAAGAACCCAGCGGAGCAGAAGAUGGACUUGGGCAAGGUUGAAUUCACGUGGCAGGAGGUGAUGAUUGGGUUGGAGAGCUCCAUGCUCAUGUUUCCCAUCAACCUGCUGAUCGUCCAGAUCUUCCGGCACUCCCGUCCUCGGGCCACGCAGGAGUCAAACCCUGGGAGAUGGGACAACAGGACCCCAGAUCUGACUUCUGCAUCCCAACCUGUGGACCUGGGCCUCCUGACACCUGAAAUGGUGACCAAAGAGCUGCGGAAACUGGUCUGCUCCCUGUUCAAAGCAUUGAGGGUGCUGCCCACAGCCUCCAGCUGUGACUCCAUUAGCCUCAUGGACAUUAACACUCUCCUAGCCCUGGUGGAAGAUCUCAUAUGUCCGCAGAACGUGGCAGGCCAGGGGCUCAGGGAGGAAGCUGAGAAACCAUUUGCUUUUGGGUCUGUACAGGUCAAAGGUAAAAGGCAGCACCACAAGCCAGAGGUGGCCCCAAAUGCAGCUUGGAAGGAUGGCAUCCACGGGCAGUGUCUCUACCUUCAGCUGGAGCGCGUGGAGCAAGCACUGAGUCUGGUUGGGCCCCAGGACUUGCCUCAGCGUCACAGCCACGCGCGGGCACUCAGGCAGCUGCAGACCCUGAAAGGACACCUGGAUGGACAGCGGGGCCUCCAGGCCCCAGCAUGCACUAGCACCCUGCGGGCCAGCAAGCCCCCACGUGGCCUGCCCUGGUGGUGCAUCCUGGUGGGCUGGUUCCUGGUGGCAGCCACCAGUGGUGUGGCAGCCUUCUUCACCAUGCUCUACGGCCUGCACUACGGGAGGGCCACCUCCCUCCGCUGGCUCCUGUCCAUGGUGGUCUCCUUCGUGGAGAGCGUGUUCGUCACACAGCCCUUGAAGGUGCUGGGCUUCGCUGCUUUCUUUGCACUGGUCCUGAAGAGAGAGGAGGAAGAGGAGGCUGUGCCCCUGCUACCGGGACAUCUCGAUGGUCCAGGUCCCUACACCUUGUUCCGGGGACGAAGGCGCAGCAGUGGGGCGGUCUACCACCCGCCUCCUGCUGCCACUAUCAUGCAGCUGAGGACCAGCCGCCUCCAGGAACAGAAGGCGUUUGCCCUCAUCAGAGAGAUAUUGGCAUACGUGGUCUUCUUAUGGAUGCUACUGCUGGCUGCCUAUGGCCAGAGGGACCCCAGCGCCUACCACUUCAACAAACACCUCGAGCACAGCUUCACCCAAGGCUUUUCAGCUGUGCUGAGCUUCCAAGGAUUCUUCCAGUGGGCCAACACCACCCUCAUGAGCAACCUGUUCAGUCAUCCUCCAGGCUUCAUCACGGAUGGGAACUCCAAGCUGGUUGGCAGUGCCCAAAUCCGCCAAGUGAGGGUCCGGGAAGGUUCCUGCCCCCCGCAGCUGCGAGCUUCUCUCUAUGGAUGCCAUGUGCCAUACUCCCUGCAGGUGGAAGACCUGGCAGACUAUGGGGAAGGCUGGAAUGCCUCUGCCCUCAAUAACAGCAACAAUUUCCACCAGGCCUGGCAGUACCAGAGUCAGAGCCAACAUCAAGGAUAUCCCACGUGGGGGAAAAUUGCUGUGUAUGGAGGGGGAGGCUAUGUGGUCUCCUUGGGCACUGAUCGCGGGAAUGCAUCGAGAAUCCUCCAGUAUCUCUUUGACAACACCUGGCUGGACACACUGACCAGAGCCGUGUUCGUAGAGUUCACUGUCUACAAUGCCAAUGUCAACCUGUUCUGCCUUGUCACACUGACCCUGGAGACCAGCGCCCUGGGAACCUUCUUCACACACACGGCCCUGCACAGCCUCCGCCUGUACCCCUUCACAGAUGGCUGGCACCCUUUUGUGGUGGCCGCGGAGCUCAUCUACUUCCUCUUCCUCCUCUACUAUAUGACCGUGCAGGGAAAGCUCAUGAGGAGGCAGAAGUGGGGCUAUUUCCGCAGCAAGUGGAACCUUCUAGAACUGGCCAUCAUCCUGGUGAGCUGGAGUGCCCUGGCAGUGUUUGUGAAGAGGGCUAUCCUGGCCGAGCGAGACCUCCGCCGCUGCCAGAAGCACAGAGAAGAGGCCAUCAGCUUCAGUGAGACGGCAGCAGCCGACGCUGCCCUGGGCUACAUCAUCGCCUUCCUCGUCCUCCUGUCCACAGUGAAGCUCUGGCACCUACUCAGACUCAACCCCAAGCUGAAGCUGAUCACCAUGGCCCUGCGCCGAGCCUGGGGCGACAUUUCUGGCUUCGUCCUCGUCGUCCUUCUCAUGCUCCUGGAUUAUUCCUUCGCUUCAAACUUACUUUUUGGUUGGCAACUCCGUUCCUACAAAACCCUCUUGGACGCAGCGGAGACAAUGAUCAGCCUUCAGCUAGGAAUCUUCAACUAUGAGGAGGUCCUGGACCACAGCCCUGUGUUCGGCUCCUUUCUAAUUGGCUCCUGCAUUGUGUUUAUGACGUUUGUGGUGCUGAAUCUGUUCAUCUCAGUGAUCCUGGUGGCCUUCAGCGAGGAGCAAAAGUGCAGUCAGCCCUCUGAGGAAAGAGAGAUUAUGGAUUUGCUGUUGAUGAAAAUACUCAGUUUCCUGGGCAUGAAAUGCAAAAACAAGGAUGGGACUUAG